AAUUAAUGCAUUUUGGUAAACGUCACUCCAUUUUUAAGGGUAGCUGUGUGCCUGUGUAUUUUAGAAUUCAGAUUUCUUACAAAUUUAAACUGACUACCACUAAGUAAAAAUUGAUAACACAGAUAGCACUGACAUACCUAUUUAUUUGGUAAUCUGUUAUCAUACCACGAUAACAUAACUUUAUCUUUUAUCAUUAAACAUACUACAUAGUACAUACGGCUUACGAGUUUCAAAUUUUGUAGUACGUAACGAACUGUAAAUUCUUACUUUUCAAUGUUUAAAAAAAAACUCAGUUACUUCUACUAAAAAAAAAUAAUUGUUUCAACUAAAUAUUUUGUUAAAUUGUGACUAUAAUGACUACAUUAAGAGAGGAUAAAUUGAAGCAAAAGGGUAUAAUAAAAAAAAACGAAAGACCAAGGUUCAUUAUUGCAGAUCCAUACGAGAAGUUUUGGCCACUUUUAGAUUCAGACAAUUCAAAAACAUUAGUCAACGAAAUGGAGAAAACAAUCUUAAAAGAAAACGGAAAACUCAAAGUAAAUUGGUCUACAUUAAAAAAUUUACCUUUGUUGAUUCGAAAAGAAAAAAUUAAAGAGCUCUCAAAAAAACACAAGGUUUUAAGUCCGAAUCUAAAGGCACAAAGGUUAAUUCUCAAAAUGGGAAUUAAUGAAAUCAGCAGAUCGAUUGAAAAAGAUCAAUUAGCUUGUUGUGUAGUGGCCGCAGACGUAGCUAACAGUGUGAUAGCAAAUUAUUUAAUUAUAAUGGCCGCAACUAAGAAAGUACCGUGUGUUAUCCUCCCGGACAUGCGUCUGGUGACAAACCGUAUAAUUGGUUUUCCGUCUUCAGCAUUAGGACUUAAGACUGAUGUUAUACAAUUAAAAGAUAAUCCUCUUCAGCGACUCUCUCAAAUUAUUAUAGAGUUUUCGAAGCAAUUCAAACACCCUUAUCCAAAUAAAAUAAUUAAUAAAGAACAGAAAACUGUAAAGAAACGAUCCAAGAUUCACAUUAAUGUGGAUGAUUACCUAUUGAAAAAACCAAGAGUGGGUCGAGCUUUUGUACCGAGAACAAUUUCUAGCCAACAAGAACUAAGUGAUCCAUCAUUUAUACUUAUUGGAAAAACAUGUCAAGAAAUGCAGAUCGAUCGAGGCAAGGGUGAAUUCCUCUCUAAAGACUUGCUCUGUAUAGAUACAAACCCAACAGAGGAUAUGGGAGAAGUGGUCAAACGUGAAACCAAAGACUGUAAACAGCCGUUGAGAUAUUUUGCAUUAAAUAUGAAAAAAGUCAAACCAAAUCCAGAUAGAAAAUCAAAGGUCAAGAGGAUUAAAACUAAAAUAAAAAACACAAAUUGAUAAGUAUUAAGUAUAAAAUAAUAAUCAAUUGGACUAUAAAUUUUAAAAAAUGUAUCUACAAUAAUAAAAUAGUUCACUAUUA